ACUUCCUGUUGUUGCUUUUCCUGUUAUUAUUAUUUUAGCCGAUGAUCAUAUUACAUUAUGGGUCUGUUUGGAAAAUCAAAUGAAAAAUCGCCAAAAGAUAUGGUGAAUGAAUGGACACACAAAUUACGUAAGGAGGGUUUUAACAUAGACCGACAGAUCAAAGGUAUACAGAGAGAGGAAGAGAAAGCAAAACGUCAUCUGAAAGAUGCAGCCAAAAAGGGAGAAAAGGGAGCUUGUAAAAUUCUGGCUAGUGAAAUUGUCAAAUCACGAAAAGUUGUGAAUAAACUAUAUGCAUCAAAGGCACAUAUGAAUUCUGUAUCUAUGAACAUGAAAAAUCAACUAGCAACAUUGCGAAUAGCUGGAGCUCUUGAGAAAAGUACAGAUGUGAUGAAAAGCAUGCAGGCAUUAGUAAAACUACCAGAAAUUCAACGUACCAUGAUGGAAAUGUCAAAAGAAAUGAUGAAGGCUGGUAUAUUGGAGGAAAUGAUAGAAGAUACAAUGGAAGGCUUAGAUGAUGAAGAUAUGGAUGAUGAAAUUGAUACAGAAGUUGCCAAAGUUUUAGAUGAACUCACAAGUGGUGUAUUAGAUAAGGCACCAGACGCCCUGGCUGACACACUGCCAUCAGCAACAGUAGAGGCAGAGGGCGCCACUGCAUUGAGUGAAGAUGAGGGAGAGGAAGAUCUGACAAGUCGAUUGGAAGCUUUAAAGAGCUAAUGUUAAUCAUGUGACUUAUUUGUUAUUGUGAUAUUUUAUACUUGUUGACAUUAUUUAUUAUACCAUUAUUGAUAGCAUGCCUGGCUUGGGUCAUAUACACAAGUUACAUCCUUCACAUUAACAAUUUCAGGAAUAUUGUUUUGAAUACAUAUACCUGUUUUAUGAACUUUUGUAGGUUAUGUGGCUAGAAAUCCAUUUACUACCAGAACUAAUAGAAAAAACAAUGUAGUACUUGCUUUAUGUUUUGAAUACUGUUUACCAUGAUGGCUAGAUAUGUUCAGUUCUAUUGAUAUUAUCUUCACAAAUUAAUAAGGAAUUGCAACAGUAAUUAAAGUCAAAGAACAAAAAUUAUUUUCUUAAACUGUUAGAUGAUUUUAAAACGUUUAUGAUGUGUUUUGUUAUUUUAUUUUAAUAUGCAUUAUGAAACAAGCAAAAUUAUCUAUUUCAUAUGAAAUUAAAUAAUAAUGUUUAACAGAUCAAUCAUAUAGUUAAUCAGUGUGUCUGACAUACAUAAAUAUUAUGAACAAAUGCAGUAGGUACCAAUAAUAUAUGUCCUUUGAAAACCACGACCUGCAAACACAUUUAUAUUUGACUUUAAGGGAGGGAGGGAGAUAAUAAUUUAUAUAUUUGUGUUUUGAACAUUAUAUUCUUUUCAUAUCAUAACUUUGGAAUAUAGGAAAAGAAAUGUCUAUUGAAAAACAUUGUUCAAAGUUUUUUUUAAUUUUAAAUAACAGAAUAUGUGUAGCCUAGUGAUAUAGCAAGAAGAGCAUAAACUGUUGAUUUAUGAUCCGAUUUAGUUUGUAAAAUAAGCUUUAUAAUGUUAAAAUAUUUAUAAAAAGUUUUGUUAUUCUCUUCAUUUGUUUUUAAAAUCAAAAAGUUUAUUUUCCAUAAAAUUAUGUUAUAAUAAAGUGAAUUUUUUCAGGCAAGUUUCUCUUGAAACAAGCUUAUUUCUAAAAUUCACAUGAAAUUAUGUGUUCCAGCUAGGUCGUUUUCACAGGGCGGUCCGCCCGCCCUUUCCCGAGUGCCGCCCUGUGCCCUUUUUACAGUUUGCAGGGCGCCCUGCCUUUUUUGAAGAUCGAUUGGUAUAUUAUUUUGUUCAUAUUGAUAUGAUCAGCCAAUUACGAAAAUUUACCUGGCGACAAGUAUAUGACUUUGUUUACGACCCCAAGCUAAUCAACGGUUACAACAGGUGUCAUAAUCUGUUGUUAUAGGUAAUCCGUUUAUCGGAUGGGUCAUUUAAUGAUCAUCAACAUUAAUUCAUUCAAAUAGAAUCGGUCAGUCGGCAUUUCUCUUUGAACUUGAAGAAAUGUUCAUACAACUUGGGCACAAUUAGCAAUGUUUACCGUAGUUUCAUGGAGAAAACGUACUUGACAGAAAUUCGAAAACCAUAAUCAACUCGUUAAAAACAUUGCUCUUAUUGUUUUCCGUGAAAUAAAUAGCAAAUUAAGACGUAUUUUUCAUUGACUGCCUUCAUUUUUUACACAAAAAUAACAAAAUCGGCCGCCAUAUUGUUGAUCAUAUUUACAUCUUCUACGUACUGUUUAUUAUCCUCCAAAGAAGGAGCACACCCAAAUAAAGAAAGAUAACUCAAUCUUAUUUUUUCCUAGCAUUGAGUAACCUACUAAGAUAUAAUAAAAUAUGUCUUCAUACUUCUGGCUUUAGAAUUUAUAUGUUUAGGUGUUUUGAGUUAUGGGAAAAGUUAAAGAGGGUCUUAGUAGCAGGGUUGGUAGGGUGCCUUGGUCAUCUUUUUCUGUAUUUUUUAUUUUCAAUCCAAAUGUUCACUGUUCACUAUAUCCUAACAUUGUGCAUUUACAGCUGUUUUGUGCUGUAUUGCCAUUAAGCACAGAAAAGGUAGAAAGGUGAAACUUGUAAAGUGUGUCAGACCAUAGAAACAGAAUGAAGCAGGACAUUUUUCAAAAAAUACUGCAUAUAAAGCUUAACUGUGCCAAGCAAUGAUUUAAAACUUGUGUCACAAGCUGCUUGACAAGUUUUCAGCCUAAAAAGUAGAAAGAUAGUUUUUCUCUGGGCUAAUGAUGUUGUUCUUGUAUAUUUAUAACCAGUGAUCCAAUGAACAAACAAUGUUUGAUUAUAAUCUUUAUUAAAACAUGCCCUUUUCAUAUUAUCAUAUCACGCGUUAAAUGCCCUUUUUCAGGAUUGGCACCCUGCCCUUUUGAAAUCCUAGCUGGAACACUGAAAUUAAUAAAAAAGGAAUACAUGUAAAAUUGAUUUCUUGUGAACAAAAUUAAAGCUUAUUGCACACGAAAUUUAUGUCAAAUCUUGUGAAAUCAUGUGAGUGAAAUUUGCCUGUUUACACAGUGUCAGUAUUCUAUGUUUAUUAUGUGAAAUUUCUAAGUUCAUAAAAGAUCAUUACUUAUUACAAGAAAAAUAGCAUUUGUAUUAUAGAAUAAAUCGUUUUAUAAUA